AUGAAUUCAUCAGGCGAGGUACAGAGCCAAGAUAUUGACUUGAAUAUUUUAGAGUCUCGGAGGAGCCUUAAUCCCAGUCCUUGGAAGGAAAUCUGGUCUGUUUUACACGAUAAACGUUUAGGUAAUUGUCUGCUUUCUACCAAAAGUGUAGAGUUUGCACGAGAUAUUUCUGCAACGCCAUCUUCAACCAGGACAAUUCCUCACAUAAAAACCAGGAGAGAAAAACCUCAAAGGGUACCGCCGCUUUACAACUUGAGGAAAAAUGUUCCGACAACCAAAGAAAAAGCGAAAGUUCCUUCGUUUGAUGACGCGUUCACGGCAUUCAAAACCUUUUGCAAAGGAGGGCAAGAUACUGGUGUUGCUUUUGAUAGUUGCCCAGAAGAUUUUAAAUUAAAGGAUUUGAAGGACCAUGGUGUACAAAGCGAAAGAGUUCUACAUGGAGGUCGUACAUGCAAAACCCACGAAUGUAAAGGCACCACGGCUGAGAUAGUUGGUUUACCUAACAUCGCUUGCCCUCCAAGUGAUCGCUAUAAGAGCAAGUUUCGCGUAAGACUACUUCCCCUUGUUACAAAGAGCGAUUCACUGCCGAAUCUGAUUUCAAAGUCUACUUCGGUGCCUUCGGAACUCAUCGUGACUGCCCCGAUACAAAAUGCCAGGUCAAGCGAGAACAUUUCAGUUGACCUUGCGAGGAGUGGGGAAAGGCGAAAUGACUCAGUUGAGGAAAACCACACCACAAACGUCUGCAGGCAAAAUCGCUCUAUGUCGCUUGAUUCCGUUUUCUCGUUAGAAUCUUUUCAGGCUUACCACGCUGGUAAAAGCGCCGGCCGAAAAAUAAACGUUCGAGGAUUUAAAGUCUUGCCGGAAAUAAAGCGGACCUCGCCAAAAAAGUACCAACAAACUUUGAAACAAAGUGAUGAAGAAGUUCCUAAUAUUUCUAGACAAUCGACUGUUAUAACACUCCCUUGGAAAUGUAACUAAGAUUUUAAUAAUGAUUAGUUUUACUCAGUUUAUUGAGUAGUUAUAUUUAUCCUGCAUGAAUUGCUGCAAUCACUGAUCAUACCCAAGAGAGCACCGCGAACGUAAAUGAGGUCACUUUUAUGUAUAUGUUGUAGUUAAUUUUUCAUCUCAGGUAAUUUUUGUUUUUCUUUUGUUUUUGGGUAUGGUAAUGUAUGCUAAUGAAAUUGAAACAAAAGAAAAAUAAAAAUUACCUGGGAUAAAAAAUUAACUACAACAUAUACAUUUUUUUAUUAUUUUGUUGGCUAUGACUCGCGACCCUCGCGUCUUCCCGCGAGGGCCUCGCGAGUAGCGAGCAUUCGCGCUUUUACCGUUCUCUUUCUCUCUCUUGCCAACUUUAAGGACAAAAGCGCGAGUAUUUUCAUUUCUUAUGUCUUUUUCUUGUGUGCUAUCUUGUUUUCAUUAGUGAUGUAUUUUUUUCAUAACUUACUAAUGAUUUGAAGUGUAAAUUACCAGUAAGCGUACACCGAAAACCAAACGAUUGAAGUCAGGUAGAAAGAGAAACUUUGAUUGUCAUAUGCCAAAGAUGUCAAUAUCGUUACCCUCAGCAAUAAUGAAAGAUUUUUUAAAUUGUAUUUCAUACCUACCUCAAAAGGAAAACGAGUUUUUAGCGGAAUUACUUUUUUGAAUAUUCAUGAAAUGGUUUGUACAAUACAAAUAGUAACUGUUAAUGCUUUUCCUCUCCCAAAUAUACUUUCCUCUGAUAAAUCAAUUCUCUUAAUUCCAGUGUAAAAUACCAACUUAAAAUAAUGUCGUUCUAUAAAGGUUUAACAGUCGUGUUUUUUUUUUCUGCAAAAAUAUUGCUUGAGCAAAUUGAUUUUUCUUUGUUUAUGAAGAAACAGACGUUUAAAUCUUUCGGCAGGUGUGUUGAAAUCCAUGAGAGAAUGAAUAAAUUAACGAUUCAAUUUAAAAACGAAAUUUGGUAUUUUCAGAGUGACAAUUCAUGCCGAUAAAUUUGAGUCACUGGCUCUCGUUGAACUUACUUUUCUAAACUUUUGUACUCUGGUCUAUAGCAAGAAGCAAGAUAAUGAGCAAGACCCAGCAAAGUCAAGCUUUGAUGCCCAGUCUCUUCAAGAUUCAUAGUAAACAAAUCCAAGAGGGAAAUUUUCUGUACUCUGACGACGUGAAAAGCGUCCGAGAUCUGUUUAUCUAUAGUGAAAAACACUGCGAGGCAAAAUCAUUUGGUAAAAUGGAGGCUUGGAUUAACGAAAAAAGCAAAAAAACGUCGCCUGUUAGAAGAGGAUUUCAACAGUCUGCUAGUUUCCUUGGUCGUUUAAGAGCUGAGACUUCGAAUGAUGUUACUUACAAGUUUGUUGCUUCGCCUGAGUUUAAACCGGGAAGUUACUUUUUGCUGCGGGAAAAUCAACCUAGUUUUGACUAUAAUGCGUCACGUAUUGACCGAUGUGUUCCAUCGCAUUCUUACAUUAAGCCUAACAACCGAUUAUGCAAAGACAAUUUUAUGCGGAAAGAGUUUUGCGAAGUGGUUGGGAAGGAACUCUGUCUGAAUUGUAAUGGUGGCCGUCUGCGAGAGAGGUUUAAUCGCAAAAUCAGUUCCUUAUAUCCAUGUCUUGAAUAUGAUAAGGAUAAAAGGCCUUAUGGAUAUUGCCCAAGGGCAGUACGUCUGACAGAGCCUCUGCCAUCCAGAAUGGAGAUGUUGCCAAAGGAGGGGUUCAGUUUAACUGGAAGA